UUUGUAACUGUAAAGAAAAAUGUAUUCGUCAAUGUCUGGUCUCCGUCAUUUAAAUCAUUCAUCUCAACUAAGUCAUAUUCGAGAUGAUGGACUCAAUAUUGAAUCAAUGAAUAUUACUGAUCUUCAUGACUUGGCAUCAAAUCACUUUAAAGAUGGAGUUCUUCAAGACAUGGAAGCACAUGUGCAGAAUAAGUUGGUUGAAUCUCAAGAUAAGCUCUCUGAAUCUUUCAGAAGUUUUAGUUUUGCUUCUUCAUACCAUGCUGGAUUAUGUCCUAGUCCUUUGAUUAAUGAAUCACUAAAUGCAUCUUGGAAGUUUUUCAAUUUUGUUGGUGUGAAUGAAGAUAGUACUAGUUCAUUCACUAAUAGAAAAAUGACUGAAGCAGUACUGACAAUCAAUGGAAAGACAUCUGAAAUAAUAAUGGCUAAUGAAACAGCCUGUUCAUUGUUUGGAUACAGUGAACAAGAACUUUGUAAUAAUAUAAAAAUAUAUGAUCUUUUUACCAUGGAAGAGCGAGCAAAGCAAGAAAUUCUUAUAGAGAAAUCUGUUGAUGUUGCUGGAAAUAUCAUUAUGGUAUCUGGAAAAGUUUUAGAGGCUGUGGAUUCUUCUGGUAAUAUUUUUGUAGUUUCUGUUUGGAUGAAGCGUAUACAGAGUGGGGAUGAGCCUCGUUUUCUAGUUAUUUUGGAACCAGUACAAGUAAUGAAAGCAAGUUUCCUUAUUGGAUUUGAUGGAGAGAUCAAAGAUUGUGAUUUUUCAUUUGCCAUACUGCAUGGUUUCGAAGAUCCAGAAGAAAUUAUAGGAAUGAAUAUUUUAAAGCUCAUUCCGUCUUUAGUUUUACCAGUACCAGGAAUUCCUUUGGAAAAAAAUGUACGCAAGCAACAACUUACAUGCCGAACUAAAGACAUGAUUCCAUUUCCUUCGACAAUCAAAAUUAAAGUGCACAACCCAGACUUCCAUAAUCUUUACUUAGAAAAAGCACAAAUCUCCAGGUUUAAUACAUCGAAGCUUCUAUACAAUUGUUUAAUGUGGGUUUUUGCAAACAUCAGUGGAUUAGUGACUGUGUCUGAUGAUGGUGCAAUACGUAGUUGCAAUUGUAAUUUUGUGCGAACUUUUUUAGGUUAUACUAGUAAUGAACUUGCAGAAAAAAAUAUUACAUCCAUUAUACCUGAGUUUUAUUUACAAAUCGAACUUCUUUCUGUUGAAAACAAAUUCCAGACAAAAAGCAAGCUAGCAACGUUAACUGAAUAUAAAAAUUUGGAAGAAUUUUCUGAUUUAUCUAUUGGCAAAGUGCCUUUGGAUGGAAUUACUGACGAAAAGUUCUCUGAUGAAGUGACACCAAAUUUAGAAUCUAGUACACCAAAAUCAUGCUGUAAAAUUGAACUGGAAAAAAAUUUAGAACAAGUUGAAAUAGAUGAGAAAAAGAAACUAACAUUUAGUGAUUGCUCCCCUGAUGAGAAAUAUAAUUUUUUAAAAAGUUCUGACAAUUUGAAUAAAAAAAAUAAUGCUCCACUUUUAAAAAAUGAAAAAAAGCAAGACAUUUUGUACGAUUCUUUAGGUGAUUCUUUCAGUGAACUGUCAUUUUUAAAUAAGAACAAAGAUGAUGUACUUGUUGAGAAAAUGAAAUUUGAACCAGUUCACAAAAAAUCAAAUUAUUCAAUUAAUGAUGACAUUGCAGUUGUACAAACAAAAAUUGUUGAAGGUCAGUAUUAUGGACAAGCUAAACAUAAAGAUGGAUCACUUCUUCCUAUUCUUUUUGAGAUAAAGAAGAUUAGUAAAAAAAGUGAGCAAAUUUUUUGUAUAUGGAUAACACGAGAUCCAGAUGAAGAAAGCGAAGGAAGACAGCACCUUCUUCUUUCAAGUUAUAAUACAACUUUUAAUGCUUCCACAGGAUACUUUCAUGAGUUACUAAAAUCUGUGUCUGAAGCUGCUGCCGAAGACCCCGGAGUUGGUGAGUUUAAGCAGCAGUACAAUACUCUUGACUGCAUUGGAAAAGGUGCUUUUGGUUUUGUUAGUUUUGCAGAGCGAAAAUCUGAUAAAGAACAGGUUGUUGUAAAGUUCAUAAAAAAGGAGAAAGUUCUUAAAGAUGGAUGGGUGAAUGACAAUCAUUUGGGAAAAGUGCCACUUGAGAUUUAUAUUUUAUCAAGAAUUAAUCAUCCAAAUAUUGUUGAGAUGAUUACAGCUUAUGAAAAUGAACGGUUUUUUCAACUUGUUAUGAAGAAACAUGGUGAUGGAAUAGAUUUAUUUGCUUUUAUUGAGUUUAAACCUAUUCUAGAUGAACCUCUUGUCAGCUAUAUGUUCAGACAGGUUUUGCUGGCUGUAGAGUACUUGCAUUCUCAAAAUAUUCUUCACAGAGAUAUUAAAGAUGAGAACAUUAUUGUUGAUCGAUCUUUUCAACUGCAACUUAUUGACUUUGGUUCUGCAGCAUAUAUAGAACGUGGAAAGAUGUUUAACACCUUUUGCGGUACUGUUGAAUACUGUUCACCAGAAGUUUUACUUGGAAACAGCUACGAAGGUUUUGAACUUGAAAUGUGGUCGUUAGGUGUCACUCUAUAUACAUUAGUAUUUGGUGAACAUCCGUUUUUUGAAAUUGAAGAAACUAUUAAUGCCGAACUUUAUCCGCCGUGUAAAGUUUCAAACGAGCUAAUGUUUAUUAUUUGUUGGAUGCUUAAUCGCGAUGUCAAGUUUCGUGCCAAGCUUAAAGAUGUUAUAAAAUACCCAUGGUUUACUAGAAAUGUCGAUAUUUCGAAGUAUAAAUACGAAUACGUUAUAGGUGAAAACAUCGCAAGAUGUGAUUCUAACUCAACAUCAUCUUCGUCUUCAUCUUUGACUAGUAUAACUUCUUCUGACGAGGAAACUCCAAAGUUGAAAGCUAAUGAUGUUAAACCUGUAUCGUUAGAAUUGCCUUCAAAUCCAUUAUCAAAGUCGAUUUGAUGUCUAACAUUAUUUAAAGUUGUCAGUCUUAAAUUUUCAACCGAUUUUAAAACAGUAAAGUGGUUCUUUUAUGGAUUAUUUUUGAAACACUGCGUAACAGUAUCCAGUCUGUUAAUAUUUUGUAGCAAGUGAAAUAUCCUUAGUUAUGACGUAUUUUAUCUAAAUUGAUUACAUUUGUCAAUUUAAGAUUUUUUUUACAGAAAGUUUUUCUGGUUUUUAAACCUCUUUUCAUAUUCCUACUCUGAAGUAGCUGGCAACCUGCUAUUCUGUCGCAUUUUUUUUUUUAACAAUGUAGUUUUUAUGACUGGUUGUUUUGUUUAAAGUUGCAAUUUGUGGCAGUGCUGCACUUAAGCGGGCCAAAAACUGAAUACUGUUAGUUAUUUGCAGGUUGCCACCACUGCUUAUUAAAAAAUUAAUUUAUUCUCAUGUUUUGUUAUUUUUGCUAAAACGAUCACAUUGUCUUUUUUUAACUAAUGUAAAUGCGGCAGAUUUUAGUAAAUAUAAUUUUAUUGUGUGUUUGUCUGGCUCGUUAUAUUUAAAUGAUAUAUGAAGACUCCACGGGAAGAAACGGCAGGGUCACAUUUUUUCAUUUUGCAAUAACUCAUUUUUAAACUUUUAAACCUAUAUAACUUUUUUAUUUUUAGGGAAAGGAUU